ACGCAUUACCAACCUUACCCGUUAGGAGUAACGAUAACACGAAUCCACCUAGUACAACCCACGUCACUUGGAACUUCUCAUCCGUGUACACUUCCCAGUUGUAUUAUCCCUGACAGCAGAUACACUCAGGCUAAUUAUUGUUUACCGUAGACACGAGGCACUGCGCGCGCCACUGAAAUGGAUGGAAUCAUAAUUCCUGAUAAUUAGCUUGUAACAUAGUUGCUUCAUCGAUCCCAACGUAUCCAGCGGCGGUUGGGUUAGAGACUCCAGCGGAAUGGCAAUAAUUGCAUAACUGCCGAGAUUCGCGACGUUAAAAUUCCAGUCGGUAUAAAAUUCAAGUUUUUUUUUUUUCAAUACCAGUGCUAAGUACUGUCCGGAUGCUUACGUGCGAGUACGCGUCGCUAAUUUAUCCCUACCGUACCGAUUACCUCUAGUGGCGAGCUUUAUAAAUUGACUUAAAUUAAUUAACACGAAGGAACGGACUCUCGUUCCAGGCAUUGAGACAAGGAGAAAGAGCACAGACGCCGCGAGCCUCGGAUUUCGUCCUUUUUACUUAACUUUAUUUAUUGCCACGUGGGAAAUGCGGAAGGUAGUUCGACUUCACGGGCCAUUCGAGACUGUGAGGUAGCAGCGAGUGAAAAGGAAUUUUUUCUUGUACCGGUAUCUCGUAUGGUCGAUGUCAAGCCUAGUAGUCUGGUCGGUAUAGUUGGGAAGUGCCACGCGGUUUGGUGUAAUUGAAAUUAGUGAAUAAAAAUCGGAAGUCACGGACAACCGAGUCCCCGCGACGAUUAAAACGCUUUUACGAAAUUGUAGGCAAACAGCGGCUAAGUGGCUGUCAUUCGUUACUCGAGGCAGUCUGUAAGUCGCCCUGUGAGCAAUCAAUCACUCGACAUCCUACACCCUGCAACCCCCCGAGGCCAUUACAUUUCUAUUUUGAAAGCUGCUUAUUAAGCGGGGCCGACUGAAGAGACAGACAGGUUUCACGGUAUAAAAUAUCGGGUUGCCGUAGCGCAGGGACUCUUCUACGUGGUGGUGGUGCGGUUAGGUCGGUUGGUCUUCUAUAGCGAUAGAGCGAGAGAGCGAGAGGUAGGGAAGCUGUAAGGAGGGCUAGGGCUGUAAAAGCGGUGAAAUAUCAAAGCCGGGAUGGGAGCUGUCAUCGUCGGGCCAACAUCAUGGGUGGCGUGUUGAAUUAGAAUGCCUUCCCACACCAGAGACCCUCGAAACUCUGCCACGUUUCCCCCACUGGAGCGAUACUUGGUGGUGGGGAUGACAGGCUUGCUUGGUUAGCCUCGGUGGUGGGGGAAUAGGUUGAGCAGAUGGCGCUGCAUUCGCGCUCGGUCUCGCGUCCCGAGAAGUUCGUACGUACCGUCACUAUUUUCCUGGAUUUCAAAGCGUACGUGUCGUUCCAACGAAAAUCUAACCGUGUGUUUAUUAACGGGAGGGAGUGCCGAUUAUUUUCGGCUUGACGAUAAAUAAACGUUUGUUAUCUUGUCCGAGGAUAUUUAAAUAUUUUUUACGUGUUGUGCAACAUUCUUUUUUUUUUGAGUGCGUCAAGAGAACAUAGUGCGAGAACAAAUGGUUGUACUUGAGGAAGGCGGUAUGCUGACCACUGGACACAAUCAGUACUUACAACCGGAUUAUCUUUCUCCGCUUCCAACUACGUUGGAUGCGAAAAAGAGUCCACUGGCGUUACUAGCCCAGACAUGCAGCCAAAUCGGUGCGGAUUCCCCGACGAAGCCUCUGAUCUCGCCCCUGGAAAAGCCACCGAAGGGAAUCGUUUCGUCAAACGCUAGAUCGCCGCCUGCAGCCAAGAUGGAUCGCACGCGUUGCAGUCCGUCGGAAGCGAAGCCGCUGGCGUUCAAGCCAUACGAAACAAACGUAUUCACGAAGAAGACUCAGGACGACGGACGCCCUACGUCCAAGGCUAGUGUGCACAGUGUCAGUGGGCAGGAUAGUGUGAGUGCGAGUGAGAACAAUAACGUCGAGAAAAAGUCAUCGGGAAGUCGUACACCGCUCGGAAGGAAAUCCGCAUCGCCGGCGGUAAACAACGCAAGCGGAACCCCAUCGGCAGACCGCAAGACACCAGCGGAUCGGGAAAAGACGAACGAUUCCCCAAGAAAUAACAAUGGCGCGAGUCCCAUUAUCCGAUCCGGAAUGGAAAUUCUAUCAGGACAUACCAAGGAAUCCGCGUUGGCCGGAUAUAAGCCCGGUGCCGCUCUGUCAGGAUUCGGCGGUAAUCCUUUGUGCUGUCCGCCAGGACUGGCCGAGAAUCCUGCAUUCAGACCACCGUUUGCUGGCGCUUCGCCAUUCUCUCAUCACCAUGCAGCCGCGGCUGCUCUUCUUGGAUAUCCGCCUUCCGCUUCGGCAGCUACCGGAAGUCCUUACCUGAGCUACGCUCGUGUGAAAACACCAGCCGGCGGUGAGGCGCUCGUUCCCGUCUGUAAGGAUCCGUAUUGCACGGGCUGUCAGUACAGUAUGCACAAUGCUCAGAUGAUGAUGGGCGCAGGAUCAUGCCCCAGCGGAUGCACCCAGUGCGACCAUCAGAAAUACGGAUUGGCGAUGGCCUUAUCAUCCUUGGGACCGAUGCCGCCACCAUCCUUAUCGUACCCUUCGUCCCUUGCCGGUGGCCGACCCUACGUCUGUAAUUGGAUCGCCGGCGAAUCCUACUGCGGGAAGAGAUUCACCACCUCCGAGGAGCUCCUGCAGCAUCUUCGAAGUCACACGAGCCUUGGCAGCAACGACCACGCGACAUCGGCGUUACUGGGCAGUCCCCAUCCUCACCCACUGUUAUCACCUUCGGCGGCCCUUCAUCGCGCAGCUGGCGGAUCUUAUCCAGCACCGUCCCUCAGCCCGCUGAGUGCCAGAUAUCAUCCCUAUGGUAAACCACCCACAGGACCGUUGCCAGCAUCCUUGGCUGCGUCUCCCUACAGCGCAUUUAACGCGCUGGGUCCAUACUACUCCCCAUAUGCAAUCUACGGUCAACGGAUCGGUGCUGCCGUUCAUCCUUAAGGACCCCAGGACGUGACACGUGGGUUAUGAAAACUUGUGAGACGAGAGGACGAAGGCUUCUUUGGGACUGUACUGUAAAUAUUUGGCGCGUCGCAUGCGCUGUUUGUAAUAUAGAAAUUAUUUAAAAGAAUGCAUAAAUUAAAUAUUAUUAAAGUUUAUAUUAUUAUUAUUAUUGCUGUUUUAAAUCGGCUGAGGGUCGGAGUGAGCUGUCGGCUCGAGGGAGAGAGCGGUAACUCGAAAUUAUACGCCUAUUAAAAUUUGAUCGAUUUACGGUCGGGUAUUAUUGAACGACUACGUUUCACGAUUGUCCACUCGAUAUAAAUUAUCAAGCAAUCUCGUGCUGCUGUCAGAACUGUCGGAGUCCUACUAUUGUUAUUCCCUUGUUGGCGCGACGAACGCGCCGGGCAGUCGCUGCGAGCUUAAGGAGUCAUCGGAUGACGCCUCGUAAUCAUUGGGUUGGACACACUCGCCCCGCUUCAGCUGGCGUUUCGAGUGGUUAACGCUGAUUUUGCAUUCGAUCAUUUCCAUAGGCUCGCCGUGCACGAAAGAGAAUUCGUUCGCGAGGGGCAAACGCGUUCAAUGUCCAUAAUGUAACUGUGAUAUAAAAUGUUCUCUUUGAAGAGGGCAAGACAAAAAUAUUAUUACACGCUGUCGAUUGCAAGAAAAAAGUUUUACAGUCUAAUUUAUUGGGAAAACCGUAUCUCGACGGGAGACUGAAAGCGAUGUGAAUUGAGAAGGGGAAAAAAGAAACGAGGGUUAAACAUAAAAUACAACGGGGACAAAGGUAUCUUGAAACGUAUAAAAUAAAGAAUUGUUUAAUGAACAAUUUUGUUCAGGAUAAAAAAAAAAUGUGUGCAUCACUAUUUAAAAAGCCCUUAAUAAAAUGUCUGGUGCUAUUCAUAUUAAUGGGGUAGAAUAUUUGUGGCUGCACUAAGACGGAGAGUCUACAGGGGCGCGUAACGACGCUUUGCGUUGUCCGAGAGGAAACAAGAGGAACUAUAUAUAUAUAUAUAUAAAAGAAAAUAGUACCCUACCGAGGUAUAGAGGUAUUACGAUACGUCGUUCUGAAAUGUAAAUACGAUUUGUAAAUAUCGUUGAGUUUCCAUACCGCUUUAAUAAACAUGUUUGUAGAAUCACA